AUGAAGAUCUCAGUCCUUUUCUUUACGUCCGCCCUCGUCGCGGGCGUUCUCGCAGCGCCUAUCGGCAAGACCGCUCCCGCCGAUGCGAUCAACAUCGUCAACGAUGACAUCGUCGAGGCACCGGUCAACGACGUUAACCAGAUCGAGAAGCGUGAAAAGAUGUUCGAAGGCGGAGGAGGAAGAGGUGGUGGUGGAGGAGGAGCAAGGGGUAGUGGCGGCGGAGGGAAAGGGAAGUCCAAGAAGCCAGAGACUGGGACCGGGGGUAGCGUGGGCAACGGCGGAUCGGGCGGUAUGAGCAAGCCAAAGGAACCGGUUUGCAAAGGUAGCCACACAGACUCGAUUAGAGUUGGCUGCUGA